AUGAUGAUGUUAUGGAGACAGGCUCGUGUCUUGGAGACAGGUACUCUUAGAACUGAUCUCCUCUGUAGCCUUUCUAGCUUCUUGUCUUGCUGCGAAAGAAGAGACUUUUCUGGUAUCAGCGAUGUGAAAGUCUGUUUCCGAGAGAGAUUGAGAAAUGGGAUUGCUGAUAUUAAGGCAGAUGAUGCUACUAGUCUGUUUCAAGAAAUGAUUGAAUCUCGUCCUCUACCUACAAUCAUUGAUUUCAGCAAACUGUUUAGUGGUAUCGCCAGAACAAGACAAUACGAUCUCGUGUUAGGUCUCUGCAAGAAGAUGGAACUGAGUGGGAUUGCGCAUAAUAUCUACACUUUGAACAUCAUGAUCAAUUGCUUUAGCCGGUGUUGUAAAACUUGCCUCGCUUUCUCUGUUUUGGGAAAAAUCUUGAAACUUGGGUAUGAGCCUGACACAACCACGUUCAACACUCUCGUCAAUGGACUCUGUCUUGAAGGUAAAAUGUCUGAAGCUGUGGUUUUAGCUGAUAAAAUGGUGGAAAACGGAUGUCAACCGGAUGUGGUUACUUACGGUUCGAUUGUAAACGGAAUAUGUAAAUCAGGAGAUACUUCUUCUGCCUUGGAUUUGCUCAGAGAGAUGGAAGAAAGAGAUAUUAAGGCAGAUGUGUUUACAUACACUACAAUCAUUGAUAGUCUUUGUAGAGAUGGAUCAAUGGAUGAAGCAACCAAGCUUUUCAAGGAAAUGGAGACGAAAGGGAUCAAAUCUACUGUUGUUACUUAUAACUCUCUUAUAGGAGGGUUUUGUAGAGCAGGUCAAUGGAAUGAUGGUGCAGAGUUGUUGAAAGACAUGAUGAGUAAGAAUCUCAUCCCUGACGUUGUCACUUUCAAUGUAUUAAUUGAUGUUUCUGCUAAAGAAGGCAAGCUUAAGGAGGCUAGAGAGUAUUACAACGAGAUGAUCACUAGAGGUGUAUCUCCUAAUGUUGUUACUUAUAAUUCCUUGAUUGGUGGGUUUUGCAUGCAGAAGCGGCUUGAUGAGGCUAACAAGAUGUUGGAUCUUAUGGUAAGGAGUCAUUGCAGUCCUGAUAUAGUGACUUAUAACAGUCUCUUGAAAGGAUAUUGUAAUGUGAAGAAGGUUGAUGAUGCGAUGAAACUCUUCCGUGAGAUUUCCGAGAGAGGAAUUGUUGCUGAUACGGUUGGUUAUAGCAUUCUUGUGCAAGGGUUUUGUGAAUCAGGGAGAGUCGAGAUCGCCGAGGAGCUUUUCCAAGAAAUGGUUACGGUUGGUGUUCUUCCUGAUGUUAUGACGUAUGGUAUAUUGCUUGAUGGGUUGUGUGGCAAUGGGAAGCUUGAAAAGGCGUUGGAGAUAUUUGAGGUUUUGGAAAAGACCCUUAUUUAA